GACACUACUUUACGACUCUCUUGGAGGCUGAUUCAAAAUGGAGUAGAGGCUUACAGGUACUAAUCCGAACCUAAACGAAAAGCUUUACAGUAAUUUUUUUGUUUUUUAUUUACUGAAAAAGCUCGUUGCGAAACCCCCCCCAUCCUCCCCCCCCCCUGCGACAAAAUGACAGAAGAAAACAAGUCCAGCUCCCUCGGCUUCUUUUCGAGCUACGACGACCUGAGCGACAGCAGCGACUCCGACGAGGAGGGAGAAAGUCGGAAGAGGAAAGCGGGCACAGACGCGGCGGGGAGCGGGGCUCAGGGCUCCCAGCGCGGUACCAAGCGAGCCGCCGGCGGGGCCCCGUUACCCAGACCCGACGAGCUGUUCGGCUCCGUGUCCAAGCCGGCCUUCCUCUACAACCCGCUGAACAAGGAGAUCGACUGGGAGAGUCUCGCGGUCAAAGCCCCCGAGGAGCCUGCCAGAGAGUUUAAGCCGUGGAAGACCAAUGCUGUGCCCCCACCUGAGAGCUACACCUCCGAGCCAGAGAAGAAGAAGGGACCUCCCCCGGGCAUGGACAUGGCGAUAAAGUGGUCCAAUGUGUAUGAGGACAACGGGCAGGACGCACCACAGCCGUUCACCGGCAACGCCCGCUUCUUACCCACAGAGGAGGAACUCCCCGAAUCAGAUGAGGAUUCAGACCAGCUGGACCUGUCGGGCAAGAAGCGCCGGGUGGAGACCUUCCAGCAGAAGGAGAAGAGGAAGAGGGACAUGGGACAAGGCACCUCUGACAAGAAUUUCGUAGAGGAGGAGAAGAGGAUCCUCAGGCAAAAUAUUGAUUGAGACCGAGCUCUCCAGCAACAACACGUCUCUUCUUUAAAUAUUUUAUGUCAACCGAAAACGCUCACAGAUAUAAGCAUAGGGGCCAAGUAGGUGGUACGCUGCAAACAUCAAUAGGCAUUCUACCUACAUGUUGACAUCACUUGCAAUAGUAUAGUAGUUGUUUUAUUUUCAAGGGACAGUAUGCACACUUUUUGAAAAGUAUAGUUAAUGGCAGCUCCACUGUUAAAAUUCCAAUUGAAGAACUCAGGUUCUGGUUAAUCUCCACGGACUGUUAUCCCAAGUUAAAGGACAAUUCAGGUGUUUUACAGUCUGUUUUUUUUUUUUUUAAAUACAGUUUUGGUCAUCAUCCCUUUCCGAUGUUCAUGAGACACAGCUUUACAACACGGACUGGUAAUUAACAAACAAAAGGUUUGGUCCCAGUUUGGAAUCACGUUCGCUUUACUUCCAAAUAUGUCAUUGAGACAAGGUGAAGUGAGAGUUUAAACCUGCCUCAAAGCUCUCGUCUGGUAAAUAUAUUAUGACAACCAAUAAUGAUGAAGUCCAAAACUGAGUUCAAAUGAAUUACCUUUAACAAAAUGUUUCAGCCUGCGGCCACACAUUGCCCUGUUUGCUUUAAUUUAACGAGCUAAAAUAACAGUGACGGCCAGCUGUGAUGGUUUAUUGUGUUUGUCUUGUAUGAAAUAUCUAAUCACCACCGACGUAUGAAAUAUACGUGUAUGUGUGCGUGUGUGUGUGUGUUAAAACAGUGAUUUUACAACAAAAAUUAGAUGAAAUCGCUGUGAAUCUGUUGCAAUCACAGUUUUUAGAAACACCUUGUUCCUUGUAUGACCACUAGAUGUCGCUGUGGGCCACAAUAGAAAACCCUCCCUCCAUGUUUGUAGUGGAGUCUGCUUGACUUUGACUGUGUGAGCAUUGGGCCUCCAAAUAACAACCCAGGUCCAGAGUACAUGCUGCUUUAAGAAAGGGACUUCUGAUCCUCAUUUUGGAAGUCGGCCUCAUCUCGGUUCUCUUGAGAUACUUGAUGCAUACGGACCGUUUAUUCAGUCUAAUGUACCUUGUAUUACAUGACACUUUACAUCUAUUGUAGAUAAAAAACCUCUCGCAUGUUACGUAUUAAAAUGUUUUUGUUCAUUGUACUGUUUUAUGGAGCUUCUGCACAUUUGCUCAUCAGUGUGAACUGUCAAAUGCAGAUUAAUUUAUAGUUUGUUUUUAGUGUAUCAUAAAGCACUUGAAUAAUAUAAGAUAUUUUACUGGA